AUGGCAGAGUUCAGAUUAUUCAACCACCAGCUCCCCUUUCUCCUCUUCGAUGAAGAGAUGGACAUUAAUGUUUUCUGCAGAGCUUGCCAAGUACCUGUUGGGGGAUUAACCUAUACUCGUACUUCUUGUGACAUCUUCCUUCACAAAACAUGCGUCGAUUUCCCCCAAGAGAUUCAAGAUCCACUUAAUAACUGUGAAGACCAUCUAAUACUCAUGGCACAGGAACAUUCUUAUAAAUGCAUGGCAUGUGAUCUGAAUUGUUUUGCCUUUUCAUUCCAUUGUAACUCCUGCAAAUUUGAGGUACACUUUUCAUGUGCUUCGAUUCGUGGUCUCCACAAAAGUGAAGGUCCUGACCCCAAAAACUACAAGCAUGACAGUCAUGAACAUUUUUUGGGUAUUGUAUACUGCACAGAGACUGUACAAGAAAUCCCUUACCGUCGUAGUAAAAAGACUAGAGUAAGAUUUGGUAAUAUCCUUGCAAUGCUUGUUUGUGCUAACUUGGAAUCUACCAUCAAGCAUGAAUGCCACUAUGAUCCUCUAAUUCUGGCUUAUGCACUAGAAGAAGAUCUGGAUUCUGUUGCUUGGAAAGGUGCUGGUCUUCGUGAGAAUCCAGCUCAAAGCUUACUAAGAUCUGCUUGGAAAAAUGCUUCUACUUACUGA